CAGAGCUGUAUAAAUAUCGGAGGCCGGACUGGGGAGCGUCACUCGUCCACUCCGAGCCCAACAAGCAACAUGAAGGUCCUGAUCGUCCUCGCCCUCGUCGCCGUGGCUGCCGCCCGCCCCGAUGUGAGCCACAUCCUUGGCCAGCAGCACCACCACCACCAGCAGGCGUACGUCAAGCCCCCCGCAAUCCUCCGUCAGAUCCAGGAGACCUCCGAGCAGGGCGACUACAAGUUCAACUUCAAGACCGAGAACGGUAUCGAGGCUGUCGGCCAGGCCCAGCUCAAGAACGCCGGCUCCAAGGACGAGGCUCUCGUGUCUGAGGGCACCUACUCCUACGUCGGUGACGACGGCCAGACCUACGCUGUUAACUGGGUUGCUGACGAGUUCGGUUUCCGCGCCUCCGGUGCCCACAUUCCCGAAAUCCCAGAGGAGAUCAAGAAGGGUCUCGAGCAGUCCGCCAACGAGCCCGAAGACGACGGCCAGUACCGCGAGGACCCCAACUCCUACGACCGCGAGGGCGCCCAGUUCCAGCAGACCCAGACCCAGUACAGGAGGUUCUAAACGAACACCUGUUGCUACCACGUUACCCUGCAACCUAGUCAAGGCACUCAACCCAACCCUCAAACGGACUGACCAAAUGUGUUCUUUAGAGAAACAAAUUGCGAAAUGAAUAAAACGUAUCUUCCUCCAUCCUA